AUGAGCCUCUGUCACCUCAGUGAAAUCACCAGCCGAAGCAACAGCGAGACCUAUGACAACUUCUUACAGGGCGUACUGUUCACCAAGUGCCCCUCUGGCCACGUGCUCUCAGACAUAACAAGCAGUCCCUAUAGCGCCUCUCACACUGAUCGUCAGUGGAGGAUCGGAUGCCGGCCUUAUCCAACCCUGGGGUCCUGCUCAUGGUCCAGCUUUGUGGGAUCAAACGGACUAGACUUUAACUUUGUCUGUCCUGCGACCCACGUGGUGCGAGGAGUCUACAACAUGUACCAGCCUGCGUAUCAGUCCAGAAAAUGGUCCUUUGAAUGUUGUCAAUCUGCCAACAUGGUGAACAUCGAUUGCCAAAACCACACCAGAGUAAACUACUGGAACGAAGGAUUUCAUUGGUCUGUCCCUGGAGGAAGCUACCUGAGCGGCUUCUCCACUGGACUCAGGAGCAGCGAAGGUGACUUUCGUUGGAGCUACAUGUAUUGUCGAGCCGUGAAAAACGACUUGUUAGAAAGCUCCCCAAUUCUGGCUGCGAACAGAGACCAGCAGGACUCUCUAACUCACGGCGACGUCCCCAAACAGCGACGCAGAAGCUCGGCUGUUUGCAAUUACUGCAAGUGGCCCGUGUACAACGGCGCUGUCCAGGUCUCCUUCUCCAUCAGCGCAGACUUCAGCGAAUCAGAGGUCGCCACUGUCACCAGCGCCAUGCGAGCCCUCUCUCAGAGCACCUGCGUGGCUUUCGUCCCUCACACGCAUCAGUACAGCCAUCUCGUCAUCGUGAAAGAACCCGGCUGCUGGUCCUACGUGGGGCGCCAGGGCGGGGAGCAAAAGCUGUCUCUGGGACACGGCUGUCUCUAUCACGGCAUCAUCCAACACGAACUCAUGCACGCGCUAAACUUUUGGCACGAGCAAAGCAGAAGCGACCGAGACCAGUGGGUUCACAUCAACCAGGAGAAUAUUAGACCCGGGUUUGAGCAUAAUUUCUUCAAGUUUGACACAGAGAAUCUGGGAGUGGACUAUGAUUACUAUUCACUGAUGCAUUAUGGGCUGAAAGACUUCUCGUCCAAUGGCCAAAACACCAUCACUCCAGUCGUAAAAUCAGCGUCGCCAGGACAAAGGUUCGGGAUGACAGACAGUGACUUACUGAAGAUCAACAAGCUGUACGGUUGUAGUGCUUUCCUGCCAAAACACGGGGAAUGGGACAAUGAGCUUGGACAAGUUUUAAGCCGGACCUGUGCUCCUGGACACGCCGUUUCGCACAUUAAAAGCAGUGGACAGACCUCAGGAGAUCGCUUGUGGAGACUGUCGUGCAGGUCCUUUCUGAACCACAAAAACUCUCUGUGUCAAUGGUCGGCUUUUCUCAACAACCACCAGACCGCGAUCGACUUCACAUGUCCAGACAAUAAGGUGAUCUCAGGGAUGUACGCCCAACCCAGCUCUGUGCAGAAAGACAGAAGAUGGAAAGUCCAAUGCUGCAGCGCUCUUGACUUUGUCUCAUACGACUGCAGAACUACCUCGUACGUCAAUUACUGGAAUAAAGCUUUUGAAAUGCCUGUAGCCAGAGGGAACUAUCUCACAGGAGUGCACAGUUCCUACGACAGCCAAUCACAAGAUCGCAGAUGGAGGUUCACCUACUGCCAAGGCGGCGAGCACUGA